AUUUGAAUCUUGAAGAGAAUCAAAAUAAUGAGAAAUGUCUAUAUUGUGAUGAAAUUUUUUCAAAUCCACUACCUUUAAAGGUUUUAAAAUACUUACAUGAUAUUAAAACAGGAGAAGUUUCAGCUAAUACUGCAGUUGAACAAAUUGAGUUUUGUAGAAUUCACCAUGGAGAAAAAGAAAUUAUUCCUUAUGGAAUAAAAAAAAAAUAUCCCUUGGAUAUUGAUUUUAUUAAUUUGCCUAAUAGAAUUUUAAAUAUGAAGUCUGAAAUAUUAAAAGUUAUAAGGGGUCAAAAAUAUAGUGAAUAUUGUGUAAAUGCAAUAAAAAAAAUUCAAGAAAUAGGU